AUGGCCGUCCCAUCCGGCUUUGCAGUGUCUGAAGACAUCUCAAGGCUUUCGCUUGAGCAAGAGCGUGAUCCUCCACACCCGCCAGCGCCUAAGACAUCCGGCAACGGCAUCGUCGCUUUUGAUAUCACAUCGAAAUUCACAACAGCCGCUGAGACGCUCUCUCCCGGCGAGCUGGUCAAGGAUGGCUUCUUCACUCUGUUUGAGUCCGUUGGGGCCCUCGAGAUCAUGGACCCGAAAAUGGACAGCGGGUGCUUAGAGGCGGAGGACUCGCUCGACGUUGACUACGAUGUGUCACGUCCCCUCCUCCCCGAGGAGGUUCUUGGCAUUAUCGAUCAGCUGCUAUGCCAUGAAGUCAGCGUCGAACGCUCUAUUUCUGGCUUCCCCUGCUGA